AUUAUUACAAAAUGUUUGGUUGCUUCAACCGGAAAUUCAAGAUUAGCGAGACGGAGCCUCCACCGGACGUGAAGAAUGUAUUUUCGCGGUACACGGAAAAUGGUCCCCACAUGAACGCCGAUCAGAUGACCAGGUUUCUGGUCGAGUAUCAGGGGGAGGAGGGGUGCACCGCCGCUGACGCGGCUCAACUCAUACAACAUAUCCACAACCGCCGUCACCAUUUGUCUAAUCAUAUCCACCACAGUUCCCCGGCCCGCUCUCUUGAUAUCGACGAUUUCUUUGACUUUUUCUUUCAAGAUGAUCUCAAUGGACCUCUCAGACCUCAGGUAUGGCAUGAUAUGAGUGCCCCAUUGCAACAUUAUUUCAUAUAUACGGGUCACAACUCCUACCUGACUGGGAAUCAACUCAGCAGUCAAUGUAGUGAAAUCCCUAUUAUUAGAGCUCUUGAAAGAGGCGUUAGGGGUAUAGAAUUGGACUUGUGGCCAAAUUCCACUAGAGACAAUAUUCACGUUCUUCACGGAAGGACCUUAACAACUCCAGUGACUCUCCUCAAAUGUUUGAAAUCUAUCAAAAAACAUGCUUUUGUGAAAUCUCCUUAUCCUGUUAUCAUUACUUUGGAAGAUCACUUGACACCUGAACUUCAAGCUAAAGCAGCAGAGAUGCUGACUCAAGUGUUUGGGGAAAUGCUUUACUGCCCCGAGCCUGGAUGCUUGGGAGAAUUGCCUUCACCCGAAGAGUUAAAGCACCGUGUUGUUCUUUCUACUAAACCACCCAAAGAGUACCUUGAGUCAAGGCAUCUCAAUAAUGAGAGAGACAAUGUAUCCCCAAUAUGGAAAUAUUCAUCUGAAAAUGACUACUCUAUGAAAGAGGAGUCAGGAAAUGAAGCCGAUGGGGUCUGUUCUGAUCCAGAUGAAAAUCAUUGCGAAGCCGCCACAUGCCAAUCCAUUCCUUCAAGAAAAGAGAUGCCUGGAAAUACAGAUGAACAACAAGAUGGCGUGAUGAAGAGUGAUCUAGAUGGAAAAAGCUCUGAUGCUCCGGUUCGGUCAGGAGCACCUGAGUACAAGCAUUUGAUCGGUAUACGUGCGGGAAAGGUAAAGGAAGGCUUGAAGCAUGCAUUGACAACUCUACAAGAGAAAGUGAAGCGCCUUAGCGUGAAUGAGCAAGAACUUGAAAAGGGGUUGUAUGGAACUGAUGUUGUCAGUUUCACGCAAAAAAAUAUUUUGAGGGUGUAUCCAAAAGGUAUGCGGGUGACAUCAUCAAACUUUAACCCGAUGCUUGGGUGGAUCCAUGGAGCUCAGAUGGUUGCCUUCAAUAUGCAGGGAUAUGGAAAGUCACUGUGGUUGAUGCAUGGGAUGUUUCGAUCUAAUGGAUGUUGUGGCUAUGUGAAGAAGCCUCAGUUUCUUUUGGAAAGACAUCCAAACGGCGAGGUUUUUGAUCCAAAAGUUACAUUACCCGUGAAGUUGACAUUAAAGGUGAAUGUUUAUUUAGGGGAUGGAUGGAGGCUGGAUUUUAGUCAUACACAUUUUGAUUCCUACUCACCGCCAGACUUCUAUACGAAGGUAUAUAUAGUUGGAGUGGGGGCGGAUAGUGGGAAGAGAAAGACAAGAAUCAUAGAGGAUGAGUGGGCGCCCAACUGGGGCGAAGAGUUUGAGUUCCCGUUGAUGGUCCCAGAGAUGGCAUUGCUUAGGAUUGAAGUACGAGAGUAUGACAUGUCGGAGAAAGAUGAUUUUGGGGGCCAGACUUGUCUCCCUGUCUCUGAACUGCGGCCUGGAAUCCGUUCUGUUCCUCUGCAUGAUAAAAAGGGAGAGAAACUCAAAUCUGUAAGGCUGCUCAUGGGCUUUCAGUUCAUGUUGUCUUGAACAGUUGUAAAUAAAUGGGAUUGUUAAUCUUUUUCUAGAGUUGUAUUUUCUGUAAAGAACUUUUGUGAUGCAAUCUCAGAGUAAGAGGAGUUAGGCAUGAAUGUAGAGUAGAAGGGUAAUAAUAGUCUCUACUUUUCUUCCCUUGAAAGCUAAACGAGCUUGAGAAUGUAUCAUUUUACUACGCGAGCCAGACUGCAUGCCAGACCAAAGAAGUCCUGAUGUAUAUUUACUCAAAUUGUGGUUUAAUUAGCUAUUAAUACACAGAAACCAAUACACCCAUAUGUUAGUGUAAA